UUAUUUUCUUUGAGCCUAUCUACGUGACUUUACUGAAAGACCCAAAGAAUAGAAAAUUAUUAUUCGACAGUAUCUGCAUUGCCAACUGCACACAAGGGCAUUGGACAAACGCCAUUUACUGCAACAUUGAUUGGUAUUUAACUUUUGGCUCUUGUAAACUGGCUCAGUGGGAAGUACUGUACACAUACACAUGCAAAAUGUGGGGACAUUCUAACCAGGUUUUUUAUUACAGUAUACUUUUUCGAGAUAUCACUUCACCUUUAACCUAUUUUAACCAUGUUUUGGUAUAAUGCUUUUGAAAAAUAUGCUCGUAUAUACCAGGGUAAUUUAUAUUAUCACUUGGAAUUUGUAACUGUAAUGUUGGUAAUAAUUUGCUAUCAUUGCUCUACAUGCUGUAGAUAUAAUUAGUUUGUUCCAUGUCUUUGAAUUAAUCUUAGAAAAGAACAAAACAAGUUGUGAACAAAGCCAUGCAACAUUAUUACAUUUACAGCAAGCGCUGAGCUUCACAAAAUUCUUCAUCCGAGAAAAUGUUUUUCGGAGCAUAAUCACACAAUAAUCAUUUUCAUUUCUUCCAUUACUCUUUUUGUUAGGAGGGACCUGGUGUCAUAUUUUUCACACUGCCAUCACAACACCAACAAACGAAGUUACAUUUCUGAUGGAAAAAACACUCAAUAUUAGUGGUAUAGGAUUUCACGUUUUCGCUGUAUAGCUCUCCAAUGUGUUUUCACUUUCUCCCCUGAUAAUAUAGCGCUUUCCCUAUAUAAUCAAGGGAGAAAGUGGGCCGCUCGAUCAGUUUCUGAAGAAAGCCGCAGCAUGUAAAGCGCAACAUGGGACAUCAUGCCUGACAACACAUGGUACAACCUACAAGCCCUUUGGAGAGUUGUACUUAAAACAAUUGUUUGCUGUAAUGAGUUUUCUGUCCUUUAUGCCUCGUGAUGGGAGCAGGAAGUUGAAGGAAAGCAGGCCAGAUGAGAUCGAGUGGACGUAAGCUUACCCCGGGACGUGUGGCAGGCCUCAAAGUGGUGUCCUAAGGGGAGGUCAUAUUAAGCGAAGGUCCGUGCAAGUAUCCAUAGUGCAACCCCCAUCACCAUUCUGUUAAUUCGGUGUUUUUUAUAAGUUGCCCCUCCCUCCCCAGCACGCUGCUCUUUGCAUCGAUUUUUCACUCCAGUUUUUUGCUAUCAGCAACGGCGCCACCAAUCUCCACUCCCAAGUGCCGCCGCAUUCUCUCGCAUGUCCCAUAGUGUUCUCAAACGCGUGAUUUUCCCACUCUCUCUCCUAAUCGUGGCCACACAGUCCACAACCCCUCCCGAGCUCACCAGAACAUUGCCAUAGGCGCUCACACCCUCCUGUGCUCUUCAGAAAACUGUCACACGUGCCUAAACUCCGCCGAGCCGUCCGUGUGCUCCCCGUGCCGCCCUGCUCGCUCGUCCACCUCCCCUCUCCCCCACCCGUACCACCAUGGGCUUUGUGGCGUGGCUCAAGACGCAGUUCAUCUGCCAGCUGCUGCUGGGCUACGUGUUCCUCAUCAGUGGCUUCAUCAUCAACUUCGUGCAGCUGCUCACGCUCGUGCUGUGGCCCAUAGACCGGCAGCUCUACCGCCGCGUCAACUGCCGCCUCGCCUACAGCCUGUGGAGCCAGCUGGUGAUGGUCCUGGAGCACUGGUCUGGCACGGAGUGCACGCUGUUUGCCGAACCGGGCACUGUGGACCAGUUCGGCAAGGAGCACGCCAUCGUGGUGCUCAACCACAACUACGAGGUCGACUUCCUGUGCGGAUGGACCAUGUGCGAGCGAUACGGCGUGCUGGGGGCCUCCAAAGUGCUGGCAAAGCGGGAACUGCUGAAGGUGCCCCUCAUCGGUUGGACGUGGUAUUUCCUUGAGAUCGUGUUUUGCAAGCGGCGCUGGGAGGAGGACCGCCAGGCCGUUCUUCAGGGCCUCCACAGGAUCCGAGACUACCCCGAAUACGUCUGGUUCCUGUUGUACUGCGAGGGCACACGCUUCACGGAGAAGAAGCACCGUAUCAGCAUGGAGGUGGCCAAGGCGAAGGGGCUGCCCAAGCUCAAGCACCACCUCCUGCCACGCACCAAGGGCUUCACGACUACCGUGCACUGCCUGCGUGGCAUGGCCGGAGCCGUGUACGACGUAACCCUCAACUUCAAGGACAACAAGAACCCGUCUCUGCUGGGGAUCCUUUACGGCAAGAAGUACCAAGCCGACAUGUGUGUCAGGAGGUUUCCUCUGAAGGAUCUGCCUGAAGAUGAGAAAAAGUGUGCCAUGUGGCUCUACAACCUCUACCUGGAGAAGGAUGCCCUGCAGGAGGAGUACAGCAAGACGGGCGUUUUCCCGGGCGAGUGCAUCAAGCCCAACAAGCGGCCUUGGGCCGUGCUCAACUGGCUCUUCUGGGCCACGCUGCUGCUCUAUCCCCUGGGCUGCCUCGCGUGGAACAUCCUGACGAGCGGAUCCGCCCUUGCCAUCACCGCGCUGCUCAUCGCCCUCACCGCCGCUUCCUUGGGGGUGCGUCGUCUGAUACGGGUCACGGAGAUCGAUAGAGGAUCCAACUAUGGAAACCAGGAGGUGAAGAAAUCCGACUGAAACAGCGGAAUGUGAGUGUGGAUGUGCGGAAUCACAGCUUGUUGUGUACCAUUAUUGCUAGCAUAUCUAUAUUUAAACAAUAACCCCAGGUGUUUUGCAUAUUAUGAAAACAAAAAAAAAACUGUGAACUUCAAAUGUGAUGUAAAAAAAAUACUAUUAAGUUUUUUUUUCUUUUAUCAUAUUUGUACCCACAUCUGAUUUGAAAUCCACAUGAUUUGUCUCCUCCCUUAGGGGACAAUGCUAUAUUCAAAGGCUUGCAGUCUCUCCGUGACUUUAGUGUGCGCUGGAUUGACAAUGCUUGGAAUGUUCCAUUUGACACAGGGCGUUGGAGUACAGUAUGGAUUUCAAUCCCCAGUUUUGGUCAUGAAAAGUGCUAAUCAAAUCCACACUUUCAUAAACGAUACUUUUAUUAGUAACAUAGAUGAAAAUCCUACAUUUUAAUCAUAUGAAAGGGGGGACGCUUGUUAACCUUUUCCUUUAAACAAGUAAUGAAAUAGAGUUCUUUACUGCUGUGUUUGAAAAUCCUCUGAUUAGAGGUUUCUGUUUAAUCUACUUAAGUUACCUUUGUGUACGUGAAUGGAUUUGUCGACAACUUGCGCAUGUCCUGAUUAUUUGCCGUUAUCAUUUGGUCUUGUAGAAAAAGCCAUGCCUGUAUUCAAAUUCAAUUUGUAGAAAUUACACUUUAUGCUCAGUAUGCCGAAUGUGUUGCCAUCCAUUAAUGUGUUAUCCCUGUUUUCCCAUUUGCAAAAUUGAACUGCACAUCCAGGUCAUGCGCAAGUCCUGGCCGUAAGAGUGUCUGUAAACGAUGUUAUGUGUACAGAAUGCAUGAAUAUACAUAGUACCUGAUUUCCCUUUCAUAUGGGUGAUAAUUUAUGUUUUGUGUAUGGUUUUUAUUGUUUUUGGGUUGGAAUUUUGAGGCAGGGAGGGAUGGGUGCGAACAAUAAAGUCACUUGCCAACUGUA